AUGCUUUUGUCGAGUUUAAUCUGUUCUGCAGUCCUUAUGGGAUCUGCUUUGGCCCAGGGGAAUACUUCACAACUGUUAACGGAAUUUCCAGCUUGCACGACACAAUGUGCGCUCGCGAUACUCCCUCCUGCAAAAUGUGAAUUAACCGAUAUUCGAAACUGCCUGUGCUCGAGCCACGAUCUAUUGUUGGAGAUAUCUACCUGUGUGCUGGGGUCAUGUAAUACUACGGAUCAAUACACUUCUUUGACUGUCAUUCAGACUAAAGUCUGUGAUGGAGUUCCGCAACCCUCACGAGCUAGCGCAAUGAUACGAGCAGCAAGCAUCUUAGCUGUAAUCACCUAUCCGAUUAUCAUCCUCCGCUUCAUCUCGAGAGCAGUGAUCGCACAUAGGUUCUGGUGGGAUGACUACGCGAUCCUCGUGUCUCUCGUGUUCAUGAUUCCUCUGACCGUACUUUCAUUCUAUCCCUCGCCUCAAUUAGGGAUGGGGAAACACUUUUACAACGUCUCACCAGAAAAUUUGGUUAAGAUUAUGAAGAUCUUCUACGCUGUUUCCAUGAUUUACGUAGUCAUCCAGACAUUUGCGAAAGCGUCCAUAUUGCUGCUUUACCUACGCAUUUUCCCUGGCCCACGGUUCCGCACCGUAGUGAAGAUCGGGUUGCUCCUUUUGGGACUCCACCUUACCGCAUUCUCCUUCACCGUGGCUUUUCAAUGCACGCCUGUUAGCUCCAACUGGGAUCUGGGAGUCUCCAAGCACUGCGUAAACCGCAAUGCUAUGAUUUACGCUGGCGCUGGAAUAAGCAUCUUCGAGGACUGUGCGAUUAUGCUCCUCCCAAUCACUGAAUUGAAAGCCCUGAACCUCGGCCGCGGGAAACGAGUCGCGCUUGGCUUUAUGUUUGCUCUGGGCUCAUUCGCAUGCAUUACGAGUAUAAUCAGACUAAAUUACGUUACCUCGUACGGUGAGACCAUAGACCUGACGUGGGUCUACAUCGAUGUCGUCAACUGGUCGCAAAUCGAGACCUUCACUGCAAUCAUUUGCGCCUGUCUGAUGUGCAUCCGACCAUUGCUGAUGAAGUGGAUGCCUACUGCCAAUCUACCUACCUCCUUCAGCGACUCUCGCAGAUCCAUGAUUCGAAGCUGGGGAGCCAAGUUGAACACUUCCCUUCCUGGCGUCGAACCGAUACUUCCUGUUGUCGAACCUGCAAUUGUCCAGCCUCAAAGUACCAUGAGCCAAUCGAUCCAAGUCACGACCGAGAAUCGCGUGUCUUAUGAGAUGAAGAGGGGUUCUAGUAGUGCCCCCAGCACUUCUCCUGAGGAGGACGAAGGCGAGAAGCGAGGCAGCAAUGAGCAGCUCACGAAGCCAUAG